AUUGGGCGGUCGCGUCGUCACACAACCAAAACAGAACCCCAAAGGCCAAACCGCAAAAACAAUAAAGGCAAAACCUUUCUACAUCCAAAUUCAGACACACAAAGAUAAGCAUAAGAUUCCUUCCUUUUUCUCAGAAAAGUUUCGGUCUUGAUUUUGUUGAAAAGGAAAAAGAGACACCUUUCACUUUUUAGAGUCUUGGAGGGUUUCUGUUUGAUGACGUGCGAAGAGAUUCUUCAUUUGUUCGUGUCAGAUGGAAGACCAUGAUAAGUCUCCCCCUCCCAAGGAUUACUAUAAGAUUCUAGAAGUUGAUUACGACGCAACUGAGGAAUUGAUCAGACUCAGUUAUCGCAAGCUUGCUUUGAAGUGGCAUCCUGAUAAGCACAAAGGCGAUACUGCAGCUAAAGAGAGAUUCAUAGAGAUAAAUGAAGCUUAUAACGUGCUGAUUGAUCCCGCUGCACGUUUUGAGUACGAUUUAACCGGCAUUUAUGAGAUUCACAAGUAUACUUUACGGGAAUAUCUAGCCAGAUUUAAGGGAAUGAUACUCACUUGCAAUGGCCUUGGCAUCAGCCAAUCCUUAGCACCAUGGACACAUCAAUUGUCUGAGACCACCAACAAACCAACAGACUAGCAAGGAUUCUGGAUAAACUGAAGGCAGAAGUUAGAGGAGAGCGCUAUAAACUGUGUCAAGAUUCUCACACACUUUCCCAUCUCACCGGCCUUUAACACGGUGUGUUUGUGAUGUACAAUACUGAAGCCGUAGGGCAGAGCAAUGAUGACAUAUUGAAAUGCUUUAGUUAGAUGUUGUAUUGUUUCUGAAUCUAUAUAGAGUUAGAGAAGCGUAUAUUGUUUCUGGUUUUAAUUCAUACAGUGGUGAUGAUUCAGGUCUUGUAGUAAACUAUUUAGAGAGCUUUACAUAAAGACAUACUAUUUAUGAGGCU